AGUCUAGCUGGUUAGGAUACUCGGCUCUCACCCGAGAGACCCGGGUUCGAGUCGCGGCAACGGAAUCUUUUUUUUGUCAUUUGCUCACACGAAAUUACUAAAACACCCCCUAGUAGAGGCCCCGAGACUCGCUGCAUCCUUGGGGUUACGUACGUAAUUGUACACGGGCAUGGUAGGAUUUAGGGUUUCGUUACAAAGCUGCUGCUCCUUCCACCGCCGCCGCACGCCCCGCGCUGCUGGACCCUCUCACCUCCUUCGCCGUCGUCUAACAGAUCUUCCCAUGGCGUCGGAGAAGAAGCAGUCGAACCCGAUGCGGGAGAUCAAGGUCCAGAAGCUCGUGCUCAACAUCUCCGUCGGCGAGAGCGGUGAUCGCCUCACCCGUGCCGCCAAGGUGCUGGAGCAGCUGAGUGGCCAGUCACCGGUGUUCUCCAAGGCAAGGUACACUGUGAGGUCGUUUGGGAUCCGGCGUAAUGAGAAGAUCGCGUGCUAUGUGACGGUGCGGGGUGAGAAGGCAAUGCAGCUGCUGGAGAGUGGCCUGAAGGUGAAGGAGUACGAGCUGCUGAGGAGGAACUUCAGUGAGACUGGCUGCUUUGGAUUUGGUAUCCAAGAGCACAUUGAUCUUGGCAUCAAGUAUGACCCAUCUACUGGUAUCUACGGCAUGGACUUCUACGUCGUCCUUGAGCGUGCCGGGUACCGUGUCGCACGUCGCCGCAGGUGCAAGUCCCGUGUUGGGAUCCAGCACAGGGUCACCAAGGAGGAUGCCAUGAAGUGGUUCCAGGUCAAGUACGAGGGUGUGAUCCUCAACAAGGCCCAAGCCAACACCUCCUAAGCAUCACCAUAAGAUAUUAGACCCUCUUUUUAGUGCUUCGUGUUAAUGAAGUGUUUGUGGCAGUGGGAUUUGUAUUAGAAGAAAAAUCGGAUGCAUUAUCAGUUUUGCCCUGUACUGGUCCUACUGGAGUUGGAUCCAUGUUUUUGUGUGCGCCCUAUCUUAAAAACUUUUAUUGAACAGUUUGGCAAAUGGGCUUUGCAUUUUGGUUGACUUGGCAAAUUAUUGGCCAGGUUUGGCAUA